AAGGGGGAAGAGAGGUAGAAAUCAUGAUUCUAUUCCUCAUUUGCCUUAGAACCUUAGGUCUCCUGCUGCAUUGUCUCGUAGCUCCCUGUACUCCUCCCUUGCAGCACUGUUUAUGAUUACAAAUCCUAAGUUAUCUGUGUAUUUGCUUGAUGCCUAUCUUCUUAGCCAGAAUCUAAGUUCUAUGAGGCAGGGGCCCUGAUGAUCUUAUUUGCUGCUUAUCCCAGAGUCCCUCCUGUAUAGUCAGCGUUCAGCAAAUACCUGUGGACUGAAUUAUGACUGGAAUGAGGACUCAAGGUGGAAAAAUAUGUGUUCCCUGUGAUGGGGCCCUCAGCAGCUGGGACAAGGGGGUGUGUUGGGUGAUUGCCCUGAGACCCUGAAAUGAUGCUGGAAGGGUGAGCGCCGGGGGGAUUUGCCCAGGUGCUCCAGUCUCCCGUCUUCACAGGCUUGGGACAUUCAGUCAGCCAAGUCUCCCGUGAAAUUUGCAGGAGGCUGGGCUGACACUCACCAUCCUAUACAAAACCGUGCCUGCCCCAGCUGGGGCUCUGCCUGGAAGUGAUAACGCUGACUGAUUACUUCAAGACCAUGGGACAGUGGGUACCUGCAGUGCCAGGCCCCCUACCUCAUUCCCCAUGAAUGCUGUGGAAAGUCCUGAGGGGCAAGAGCUCCAAAAGAUGGGGAGUGGAGCCUGGGACAACCUUGCCUACAGUGGUCCCCCCUCCCCACGUGGGACACUGAGGAUCUGCACCAUCUCCAAUGCAGUGCCCCCCCAGCCCCAACCCAAAAAGCCUGAAGAUGGAUCCCAGGAGAAAGCCUAUAGGACCCUGGUAUCCAGCUGCUGCUUCCAGAUCUGUCGUGGCAUCAGAGGACUUUGGGGAACAACCCUGACUGAGAACACAGCUGAGAACCGGGAGCUUUACGUCAAAACCACCCUGCGGGAGCUGUUAAUAUACAUCAUGUUCCUGCUGGACAUCUGUCUCUUGACCUAUGGAAUGACAAGCUCCAGUGCCUAUUAUUACACCAAAGUGAUGUCCGAGCUCUUCUUACAUACCCCGUCAGACACCGGAGUCUCCUUCCAGGCCAUCAGCAGCAUGGCGGACUUCUGGGAUUUUGCCCAGGGUCCACUACUGGACAGUUUGUAUUGGACCAAAUGGUACAACAACCAGAGCCUGGGCCAAGGCUCCCACUCCUUCAUCUACUAUGAGAACCUGUUGCUGGGGGUUCCAAGGCUACGGCAGCUGAGGGUCCGCAAUGACUCCUGUGUGGUGCAUGAGGACUUCCGCGAGGACAUUCUGAGCUGCUACGACGUCUACUCUCCAGACAAGGAAGAGCAGCUCCCCUUUGGGCCUCUCAAUGGCACAGCGUGGACAUACCAUUCACAGGAUGAGCUGGGGGGCUCCUCUCACUGGGGUCGGUUGACAAGCUACAGGGGAGGUGGCUACUAUCUGGACCUUCCAGGAUCUCGACAGGCCAGUGCAAAAGCACUCCAGGACCUUCAGGAGGGCCUGUGGCUAGACAGGGGCACUCGAGUGGUCUUCAUCGACUUCUCAGUCUACAAUGCCAACAUCAAUCUUUUCUGUGUUUUGAGACUGGUAGUGGAGUUUCCAGCUACAGGAGGUGCCAUCCCAUCCUGGCAAAUCCGCACGGUUAAGCUGAUCCGCUAUGUCAGCAACUGGGACUUCUUUAUCAUUGGCUGUGAAAUCAUCUUCUGCAUCUUUAUCUUCUACUACGUGGUAGAGGAGAUUCUGGAGCUCCACAUCCACCGGCUUCGUUACCUCAGCAGCAUCUGGAACAUUCUGGACCUGGUGGUUAUCUUGCUCUCCAUUGUGGCUAUGGGCUUCCACAUAUUCCGAACCCUUGAGGUGAAUCAGCUGAUGGGGAAGAUCCUGCAGCAGCCAAACAUGUAUGCUGACUUUGAGUUCCUCGCCUUCUGGCAGACACAGUACAACAACAUGAAUGCUGUGAACCUCUUCUUUGCCUGGAUCAAGAUAUUCAAGUACAUCAGCUUCAACAAAACCAUGACUCAGCUCUCCUCCACGCUGGCCCGCUGUGCCAAGGACAUCCUGGGCUUCGCCAUCAUGUUCUUCAUUGUUUUCUUCGCCUAUGCCCAACUUGGCUACCUGCUUUUUGGAACCCAAGUGGAAAACUUUAGCACUUUCAUCAAGUGCAUUUUCACUCAGUUCCGGAUCAUCCUUGGGGACUUUGACUACAACGCUAUUGACAAUGCCAACCGCAUCCUGGGACCUGCCUACUUUGUCACCUAUGUCUUCUUUGUCUUCUUCGUGCUCCUGAACAUGUUCCUGGCCAUCAUCAAUGACACAUAUUCAGAGGUCAAGGAAGAGUUGGCUGGACAGAAGGAUGAGCUGCAACUUUCUGACCUCCUGAAACAGGGCUACAACAAGACCCUACUGAGGCUGCGUUUGAGGAAGGAGCAGGUUUCAGAUGCACAGAAGGUCCUGCAGGGUGGGGAGCAGGAGAUCCAAUUUGAGGAUUUCACCAACACCUUGAGGGAACUCAGGCACGCAGAGCAUGAAAUCACUGAGCUCACAGCUGCCUUCACCAGGUUUGAUCAAGAUGGGAAUCACAUCCUGGACAAGAAAGAGCAAGAACAAAUGCGACAGGACCUGGAGAAGAGGACUCACAAGGAGAGUUCUUCAGUUGGAGAUUGUCCUGGAAGGAGUCAUGUCCCAGGUGGAUGCUGUGGGCUCAAAGCUAAAGAUGCUGGAGAGGAAAGGGCAGCUAGCUUCCUUCCCAGGCCUGGGAGAUCAAGGCAUUUGGGAGCACCUGCAGCCAACCCCAGCUGUGACUCCAACCCCCUGGGGAGUCCAGCGUGGGCAGGAGAGUGGUGGGGGAGGGGCCCUAAAGCAUCAGACAGCAACCUCCUCUCUCAUUGCCUCCUCAGAGACCUCCUCAGGACAUGCCCUCCACUUCUAGGGCAGCAGUUCCCUCCACUGCUACUGCAGAGUCCUACCCUGUGUUUGGCCCCUUGAACCAAUGUUUCUACCUGUAGCUUGUAUCAUGCUUAGGCUUGUGACUCAAUGUUUCUGUGUGUAGCCAUGUAGCUCUGUGUAGCUCUUUGAGAUAACACUUGCCACUGGGCCUCUCACUCCCUGUGCUCUCAGCUCUGCUGUGAUGAAAAAAAAAGUUAAUAACAAACAGAAUAAAGGAAGGGAGGGUUAUGUUCCCUAAGCACCUGGCAUCUGGAUAGCCACGAUUUGUGAAAAAAGUAGAAGCCAAGAGAGCAGCAUUCCCUAAAUGUCUUCCUAUUUGCCAGUGAGUCUUAUCCUUUGUGCAUCUAGAGAUCUGCUGCUAGCACCCAUGGAAUUCUUGUCUUCAUAGAGUUUCCAGGUGAAAGAGAAGGUGAAGCCUUGGAGGAGAGGAAACUUUCUCACAUGUGGAGAUUACAAUGUUGCAGAGGUGUUGGAAUGCCCCUCCAUCCAGGGCAAAGACCAUGACCGCUCAGUUGAGGAGGCUGCUCACGACAUUCCACUAAACACUGGGAACUGACAGGGCUGUAAACAGGGACAUAGAUGGAGCCCUAGGAGGAUCAGACAAAGAAAUGAUUUCAGGAUUCAGAGAUCUUUGGAAUAAAAUGUGGUGGGCUCUGACACUAUUCUUGCAAAGGACAUAUGGGUUUCUCUGGUGACU